UACAGUAUACAACUAUACACCCACCCGCUAGUCGCCAGAUCACACAUAGAUGAGGAAGCUGCGAUGCCUGAGCGUUGGCUAAUUACACUCGCCACCACCCGCUUCAACGCGCCGCCCCUCUGCCGCCGCCCAAUUCGUCUUCCAUUGCCGCUUAUUCCUUGCUAAAAAAGUGUAAAGAUGUAUCAAGUUGACAUUAAUCGUCAAGAAGAUGGUGCAGAACUGCCUCCUCCACUUGCAGCAAGUGCGAGUGAGGUUUCAUCCCAUGUAGGUGGACGAGAAGGCAGUGCAGUUAAUAGAAAAAAACAAUCAAAGUUUUCUUUGGUAAAUAUUACCCGGGAUCUGCUGUUGGCGUACCAGAGUUUUGGGGUCGUAUACGGGGAUUUGAGCACAUCACCUCUUUAUGUCUAUAAAAGUAUAUUUGUGGACAAGUUGCAGAAGCAUCAAACACCGGAUGUAAUAUUUGGUGCCUUCUCAUUGGUCUUUUGGACAAUAACAUUGCUGCCUUUGCUCAAGUAUGUAGUUGUGGUGCUGAGUGCAGAUGACAAUGGGGAAGGUGGCAGCUUUGCUUUAUACUCUCUGCUCUGUAGACAUGCAAAGUUUAGUCUCCUUCCCAAUCAACAAGCUGCUGAUGAGGAACUAUCUGCUUACAAAUAUGGCUCCACUGGGCAUUCUGCAUCAUCUAUAUCAUUGAAGAGAUUUCUAGAGAGGCAUAAAAAGGCACGGACAGUUCUACUCAUCAUUGUAUUACUAGGGGCUUGCAUGCUCAUUGGUGAUGGUGUGCUUACGCCUCCUAUAUCAGUUUUAUCAGCGAUUUCUGGGAUUCAAGAUACUGCUGAAAGCCUGCCUAAUGGUGCAGUUGUAUUGAUUACGUGUGUUAUACUGGUUGGUCUAUUUGCUCUUCAGCAUGUUGGUACCCACAGAGUAGCUUUCUUGUUUGCACCAAUAGUAAUAAUCUGGUUAAUAUCCAUUUUUGCAAUUGGGCUGUACAAUACAAUUGUCUGGAAUCCAAAUAUUCUCUCUGCUCUUUCUCCCUAUUAUAUUGUCAAGUUUUUUCGGGAGACUGGAAAAGAUGGUUGGAUUUCACUCGGGGGAGUGCUCCUAUCUGUAACAGGUACCGAAGCUAUGUUCGCGGAUCUUGGUCAUUUUAGUUCCUUCUCAAUGAGGCUUGCAUUUGUAUUUGUUGUGUAUCCUUGCUUAGUGGUACAAUACAUGGGUCAGGCUGCUUUUCUGUCUAAAAACAUUGCAUCAAUCUCAAAUAGUUUCUAUGAUUCUGUCCCUGGUGCUGCACAUUGGCCUGUUUUUGUUAUUGCUACCCUUGCAUCUAUUGUUGGCAGUCAAUCAAUUAUCACAGCUACAUUCUCCAUUGUCAAACAAUGUAAUGCACUUGGAUGCUUCCCCAGGGUCAAGAUUGUCCACACAUCAAGGCAUAUAUAUGGCCAGAUUUAUAUACCGGAAAUAAAUUGGAUACUAAUGAUUCUUACUCUGGCAGUGGCCAUUGGCUUCCGUGAUACAACUUUAAUUGGAAAUGCAUAUGGGCUAGCUUGCAUGACAGUAAUGUUUAUCACAACAUUUUUGAUGUCACUUAUCAUUGUCUUUGUCUGGGAAAGAAACAUCAUAUUUGCUGUUGCCUUUCUCAUUUUCUUUUGGUUCAUAGAAGGUUUAUACCUGUCGGCAUCAGUCAUUAAAGUUCCACAGGGUGGAUGGGUAUCACUUGUUCUCGCUCUUGUAUUCUUGUUUGUUAUGUUUGUCUGGCACUAUGGAACUCGCAGGAAGUACAGCUUUGAUCUUCACAACAAAGUUCCACUAAGAUGGCUACUUGGCUUGGGUCCCAGCCUUGGUAUCGUUCGUGUGCCAGGGAUAGGCCUGAUAUAUUCAGAAUUAGCAACAGGAGUCCCUUCAAUUUUCUCACAUUUUGUAACCAACCUUCCUGCAUUUCAUAGUGUGCUCGUAUUUGUGUGUGUGAAGUCUGUUCCCGUGCCCUAUGUUGCACCCGAGGAAAGGUUCCUUAUUGGCCGCAUUUGCCCUAGACCUUAUCGCAUGUAUCGGUGCAUUAUCAGAUAUGGCUACAAGGAUAUACAGCGAAAUGAUGGAGACUUUGAGGAACAGCUGAUACAAAGUAUAGCGGAAUUCAUUCAAAUGGAGGCAGUAGAACCUCAGCUAUCAAGCUCCGAGAGUUUAUCCUUUGAUGGGAGGAUGGCAGUUAUAAGCACCAAGAGUAUACAUUCAACUUCAAGUUUGAUUGUACGUGAGGAUGAUUUGGGUACGAGUUAUUCCAUUCAAAGCAGCAAAUCCCCAACCCUCCAGAGUCUAAGAUCUGCUUAUGAUGACGAGAACAUGCAAAUCAGGAGACGCCGUGUAAGGUUUCAAUUAGCAGACACCCCCGGGAUGGAUCCUGCGGUUAGGGAAGAGCUUACAGACUUGAUUCAGGCAAAGGAAGCAGGGGCUGCAUAUAUAUUGGGCCACUCAUAUGUGAAGGCGAGGAGAUCAUCACCGUUUCUGAAAAAGCUUGUUAUCGAUAUUGCGUAUUCAUUUCUGCGCAAGAAUUGCAGGGGUCCUUCUGUCGCACUAAACAUUCCACACAUUAGCCUCAUCGAAGUUGGCAUGAUAUAUUAUGUGUAGAGGAGGAUGCCUACCCUGGUGCAUAUCUGUAUCCCCAUAGUGACAGUUCAUGUACUCUUUGCAGCUACGCUUUGCUUAUUUGAUGGGAUUUUGUGUAUACACUAGAUAUAGCUUUAAGUAAUUUUCGUGUACCAAACAAGCUUCUCUUUAAUGCCAAUCUUUUUUUUCUUUUGGUCCUUGAUUGUAUAUUAGUAUAAUAGUGUGUAAUAUACCUCAAAUACAGCUUGCUGCUCAUCAUUGUGACAUCAAAUUUCUGGAAAAAAUUUUGGUUA